AUGUCGGCCUCACUGAGCCUCGAGGAUGAGGUGCGCUACACAGAGAUAAUCGACGGCAUCCUCGCGACGGCCAACCUCGAGACGGUCACGCGAAAGAAGAUCCGCGUUGGACUUGAGGCAGCGCUGGGCGGGAAGGACUUGACAGAUCAGAAAGCCGCCAUCAAGAACCUGAUCGAGCAGCGCUUUGACGCCAUCUCCGAGCCCUCCGUACCGGCGCAAAGCAACGGCCACAACGACCCUGUACACGACGAGCCCGAUGUCGAAGCCGAUGUCGAAGCCAAUGCCGACGAAAUUACAGUCCAGCCGCCCAAGAAGAAGCAGCGCAAGAGCGCCAGCGUAGGCACAGAAGACGCAGAUGCCAAGCUCGCAGCAAUGCUGCAGGCCGAGGAGAAUUCACGAGGGGGCCGGGCAACACGCGGUGGGGGAGCCAAGGCCAAGCCCGUCAAGAAGCGCAAGAAGAAGAGUUCGGCCAAGGUCGAAAGUGGUGGGAGUGACGUCGACGAGGAGAUUGAGCCCAAGAAGCGCAAGGCCGGUGGAGGCUUCCAAAAGCCCUUCAAUCUGAGUGAGCCGCUCGCCGAGCUGACGGGUGAAUCUAGGCUUUCGAGACCCCAAGUCGUCAAGAAGUUGUGGGAAUACAUCAAGGCAGGCGACCUGCAGGAUCCCAGCGACAAGCGCCAAAUUCGAUGUGACGACAAGAUGCUUGCCGUCUUCAAGCAGGCUAAAAUCGACAUGUUCCAGAUGAACAAGGUCAUUGAACCAUAUAGACCUGCCCUCAAACCCAGGUCGCUUGACCUGCCAGGUCGGCCCAACUCGAGCCAAGAGAUACCACCAUCUUCACACUUACUUGGUACGCCGUUGUCGAUUAUUUAUCGCCCCUUGGAAUCUUUUGGCUCGACGGACGCCUCGAACGGGCCACGACAUUGGGAAAUAAUCACGUCAUGGAUGCUCCAGCCGCGGGUCCAGCUCCGUCAGACGGAUCCGCAGACAACUCGGCUCGUCGAGGCGGCGAGCAACGCAAACAACCGAGGAGGAAGACCGCCGAGAAGUCGCGGCAGAGGAGCAGCAGGCGACAGAACAGGUAGUCGAGCCGGGUUUGAUGGCCGUCUCACCGCCGCAGGUUCCGUCCAGCCUGGGGGGUCAUUGCCACAACCUCCCCCGCCGAGUUUGAGAGACGCGGGUGCCGAAAAUGGCGGCGGCGACGACGACGACGUCGAGACCGAGGUGUGCUUCAUCUGUGCUAGCACCGUUGUCCACCAGUCCGUGGCCCCCUGCAACCACCGCACAUGUCACAUCUGCGCCCUGCGCAUGCGAGCCCUCUACAAGAACAAGGAGUGCGCCCACUGCCGAACACCAGCCCAGUACGUCAUCUUCACCGACGACGCGACGAAACGAUUCGAGGACUACAGCGAAGGCGCCCCCGACAUCACGAGCACCGACGAGAACAUUGGAAUCCGAUACAACAAGGAGGACAUCGUCGGCGAUACGGUCCUGCUUCUGCGCUAUAACUGUCCCGAUGGCGACUGCGACUUUGCUGGUCUUGGCUGGCCCGACCUGCAUCGCCAUGUUCGUAAUGUCCACCACAAGAAGAUGUGUGAUCUUUGCACCCGCAACAAGAAGGUCUUUACUCACGAACAUGAAGUCUUCACCGACAAAGAGCUCGAGCGACACAUGCGUCAUGGCGACGACCGACCAGGCGCGGUGGACCAGACUGGGUUUAAGGGACACCCGCUCUGUGCUUUCUGCGGCCAGCGGUUCUACGACGAUGACAAGCUGUACGAGCACUGCCGCAACAAGCACGAACGUUGUUUCCUAUGCGACCGCGCGGACCCCCGAGAGCCCCAUUAUUAUCAGGACUACAACGCCCUCGAGCAGCACUUUCGCGAGGGCCAUUUCCUGUGCCCCGAGCCCGACUGCCAGGAGAAGAAGUUUGUUGUUUUUGCCUCCGAGAUGGAUCUCAAAGCCCAUCAGCUCAGCGAACACGCCAACACUCUGUCCAAAGACGUCCGGCGAGACGCCCGCGUGGUGGAUUUGGCCAAUUUUGACCUGAGGCAACCAUAUCAGGAUGAGAGGCGUGCCGGCGGCUCCGGCAGAGGCAGAGGUGGCGGCAGGGAUAGGAAUGGGGAAAGGGGAGGCAGGGGCCGUGAUCCGAAUAGCGAACCGAUCCCCGCAAGCUCUGCUCAACCGCUCCGGAGGGACGAGCUGGCCUUCCAGCGCCAGAUGGCCAUCCACUCGACCCAGCGCACCUUUGGCGGACAUCUUACGGCGGAUGCUCCAACCCCUGCGGCAUCGGGAUCGACACAAGCUGCCCAACGCAAUGCCCCAGCGACAUCGACACCACCUUCCGCAUCUACCGUCGCCGCGGACCUGGACAACCUCAGCCUGACCGACCCCAACCUGACACAAGAACAGCGUGCUCAACUAACGCGUCAUGCUGCCGUCAUAGAGAGAGCUACCGGCUACCUCCACAACGACAAGAACAAACUUGACGUGUUUCGUGCCCAAAUAUCCACGUUCCGCCAGGGCAAAAUGACGGCCUCGGCUCUCGUUGACAGCUUUUUCACCCUGUUCUCCAACAGUUCAUCCGGCCAACUGGGGACACUCGUCCGCGAGCUGGCCGACCUGUUUGAGGACAAGUCGAAAUCCGACCAGUUGCGCAAGGCGUGGAAUGACUGGCGCGCCAUCAAUGAGGAUUAUCCCACGCUCCCUGGACUUGGUGGCAUGCAUGGCGCUACCACGUCGAGCAGCGGUUGGGCAAACGCUGCCGCAAGCUCACCCGUUUCUGCCGCCACGGCCCCAUCGCAAAAGCAUUCCACCAGGGUACUCAAGCUCAAGAGCUCGACGCAACAAUCCCGCCGGUCCACUGCUACCCAGUCAGCAAACUGGGCUGGCACACCUGCGACGGCUUUCAGCUCCAUUCGACCACCACCGCCCGCAGCUUCCUUCCCAGCUCUGCCUCCCAGGAGCAGCACUUCAACACCUACAAGUCGCGCUGCCCCCUCGUCGUCGUUAGGCUGGGGUCCGGGAAACACCAGCACCAUUACAACCCAACAUCAGCCCUACAGAGCAGGACCAAGCAGGUCUUCGGCUGCUGGCAGAGAGGAUAGCUUCCCAGCUCUACCCACAGCCGCCAAACCCACCAUGACGAUCUUUGGGUACGGAGGUGGACGCGCCGUGCGGAGAGACGUCGGGAAUGCUCAAGGCACUCAUAGCUGGGGUGGAAACGGGGCUAGUAAUGAUACUGCCGAGGUCGCGCAGGAGGCAGAGACAACGGGGGGCAAGGGCAAGAAGAAAGCGAAGAAGCAGGUCUUGAAUCUGUGGGCUUGA